AUGAAGCAGGAAUACGAGCACGAGGACGACGCGCAGCUCGCGGCCAUGGGCCACCAGCCCGAGCUGAAGCGCAACUUUUCGACGCUGUCCAUGCUGGGGCUGGCGUUUGCGGUGCUCAAUUCUUGGACUGCGCUCUCUGCGAGUCUGUCAAUAAGCCUCACCUCGGGAGGGAGCACGAGCGUCGUAUGGGGUCUGGUGACGGCCGGUGUCUGCAACCUGUGCAUCGCGGCGUCGCUUGCCGAGUUCCUGUCGGCCUACCCAACGGCCGGCGGUCAGUAUCAUUGGGUCGCCGUCUCUUGGCCGAAAUGGGUCCCGAUCCUGUCGUGGGUCACUGGCUGGAUCAACGUGGCUGGCUGGGUUGCACUCGUGGCCACCAAUGCCUUGCUGUCGAGCCAGCUCAUCGUGGGCGUCAUCUCGGCUCUGCAUCCGUCGUAUGAGCCGCAACGGUGGCACCAGUUCCUCAUCUACAUUGGCCUGACGCUGCUCUCGUUCGUCAUCAACGCCUGCAUGAACUCGCUGCUGCCGCUCAUCUACCGCGGCGCCUUUAUCUGGUCCAUCGGCGGCUUCGUCUUGGUGUCCAUCACGGUGCUGGCCUGCGCCGCGCCCGACUACAACUCGGCGUACUUUGUCUUUUGUGACUUCAUCAACCAGACGGGAUGGCCCGAUGGCGUUGCUUGGCUCCUCGGUCUCCUCCAAGGCGGCCUCGGCGUGACGGCAUUUGACGCCGUGGCGCACAUGAUUGAAGAAAUCCCCGGCGCGUCCAGCGAAGGGCCCAAGAUCAUGAUUGUCUGCGUCGGCAUCGGCACCUUUACCGGCGCCAUCUUCCUGAUUGUGCUGCUCUUCGUGUCAGGCAACAUCAACGACGUGAUAACUUCGGCGGCCGGCCCGCUGCUGCAGAUUCUCAUUCACGCGACCAACAGCAACGCCGGGGCAAUCUGCCUCUUGAUGCUGCCGCUCGUGUGCCUCGUCUUUGCGACCCUGAGCGUCAUGACGACGAGCAGCCGCAUGAUCUUUGCCUUUGCAAGAGACGGCGGCCUCCCGGCCUCGCGCUUCUUCGCCAAAGUCCACCCGCGGCUCGGCCUGCCGCUCAACGCCCUCAUCCUGACGUCGGGCGUCGUCAUCAUCUUUGGACUCAUUUUCCUGGGCUCUACCAGCGCCUUCAACGCCAUCAUCGCCGGGUCCGUCGUCGCGCUCGACCUCUCGUACGCCAUGCCCAUUGCCGUCAACUGCCUGCGCGGCCGCAACACGCUGCCCGAGCGCAAGUGGCGGCUGCCCGGCUGGCUGGGGUGGACGGCCGACAUUGUCUCGCUCGCGUACAUUUCGCUGACGACGGUGCUGUUUCUGUUCCCGCCGGGCCUGCCGGUGACGGGCACCAACAUGAACUACUGCGUCGUCGCGUUCGCCAUCAUCGUCAUCAUCUCGGUUGUCCAGUGGAUCGUGGAUGGAAGGAAGAACUUUACCGGGCCGCGUGUCAACCUCGUGGCUGUGGAAGCUCCUCACGAGGAUUAG